ACCCGCGUGCGCUUGUCGUGCGAACGUAUCUCAUAAAAAACUGUGACCUAGCAGUGUGUGUGACGUGAUAUAGUGGAGCAGCACAGAUGCGUGCCGCCGCCGCCUUGCCGCGGUGAUCGACUCACGCAUGUGACUUGUGAUUGCCUGUGGUUUGCGUGCGACUAAGUGAGUUCGUUGCAAGUUUGUGGUGUACUAACUCUCGGUGCAAUCACGGUAAUUGCCUCCGAUGGACUAAACUUUAAUCAGAUGGAAACAUCAACACAGCAUUCAUAAUGCUGUUCAAAGGAUCGAAAUCUAAUGUAUCAAGAAUACUGAAUCACCGGGUAUUUUAGGCAAUUAAUUGGCUAUAGAAAAUGAGAAUGUUCGUGAAAGCCAGCGUCGGUUGAGGAGCACGAGGAAACAUGGCCGGCAAAUUGUGCGGCGAUGUGUUGGGCGUACUACUGGCACUCGUCAUCUGUUUAACGCGCCCUGAACAUGUAUCGUCGGCGCAGCGCGAACUAGGGAAGGGCGUUCCCGGCAACGCGUCGGCGACGUCCACGCCCGGAUCAGAUAAUGCGAUCCGAGCCGGACCCGCCGGCGACGGGCCGCGACCCACGCCUCGCACCGGACCAUACUUCGACUUGGCGAUGUCGAAAAACGUCACAGCAUUACUCGGCAAAACAGCUUAUCUAAAUUGCCGAGUUAAAAAUCUAGGAAAUAAGACGUUGAACAUGCAAGUGUCGUGGGUUCGGCACAGGGACAUCCAUUUGUUGACGGUUGGCAGAUACACGUAUACAAGUGAUCAGAGAUUUCGAGCGAUUCAUCUCCCACAUUCCGAGGAUUGGACUUUACAAAUAAAAUACCCUCAGCACAGAGAUUCUGGUAUUUAUGAGUGCCAGAUUUCAACGACCCCGCAUAUGAGUCAUUUCAUACAUUUAAAUGUUGUUGAGCCAACAACAGAGAUAAUUGGUGGUCCAGACCUUUACAUAGAUCGGGGGAGCACCAUAAAUCUAACAUGCGUGGUUCUUUACUCGCCGGAACCUCCGGCCUACAUUUUCUGGAAUCACAAUGAUGCGAUUAUUAGCUACGAUUCCCCUCGGGGCGGCGUGUCGGUUGUAACGGAGAAGGGGGAAACAACCACGUCUUUUUUACUGAUACAACAAGCGAGGCCGUCUGAUUCAGGCACUUACCAAUGUAAUCCAAGCAACGCACAAUCCAAAAGUGUUAUGGUUCACGUUUUAAAUGAAGCAAAUUCCAUUUUUCCUUUGUCAGGGGAGUACCCGGCGGCCAUGCAGCGCGGAGGACAAGCGUUCGCGCCCACGUCGCCCGCUCACUGCUUUGUGCUUGCAGUGAGUCUUUUGAUAUCUCUUUCCUGACAAACACCAGUGACUUUGGCGAUGUAAAUAGACUUUAUAUUUCUCUGUUCAUAAUUAUAUUUGUGACCAAAUUAUUAGACUGGCUAACAGAUAAAUGAUGCUUUGAUCACAAAUGUCUUUGGUAUCAGAUGAAUUAUUCACUAAUUUAUAGGGUUGGGUUGUGUUAUGUAAAAUUAAAAAAAAAUAAACCCUAAGCAAAUAGAUCGAAUGCUUCACUCAUAUAGAAUUGUAAAUAUUGUUAAGAUAUUCUGGUGUCUAAUUUGAUUUUAAAUUGAUGUUAAACCACAGUAUAUCAAAUUUAAUUGAAGAAAAUUUAAAUUUUGAAAUAAUGAACUAUGUUGGUGACAAAACGGAGAUUAUGUUUGAGUAAAAUUGACAUCAUUCAUCAUCAGCUCACUAUACGUCCCCACUGAGGGGCUUGUAGCCUACC